AUGGCAAGUGGAGGAGCGAAGAACAAUGAUUUCUAUGCUGUUAUGGGGUUGAAUAAAGAUUGCACUCAAGCAGAGCUCAAGACUUCUUAUAAGAAACUUGCACUGUCUAGUCUGAAUUUGGUGUUUGUUUGUUGGAUACAGAGAUGUCACCCUGAUCGUUGCUCUGCAUCGGCAAAUUCGAAGUUCGCGGAAGAAGCCAAGAAGAAAUUCCAGGGUAUUCAACAAGCCUAUUCUGUUCUGUCUGACGCAAACAAGAGGUUCCUGUACGACGUAGGAGUUUAUGACAGUGAUGACGACGAAAAUGGCAUGGGAGACUUUUUGAACGAAAUGACCGAGAUGAUGCUCCAGACAAAACCUAGUGAAAAGGGAGAAGAAAGCUUAGAGGAAUUACAAGAAUUGUUUGAAGAAAUGUUCGAAGCUGACAUUGAUUCAUAUGAGCCCACUUCUUGUACUGCUUCAUCUUCGUGUGGGUCUUACGGUCAGAGUUCCAAGAGUUUCUCCGAAAGCAGUUCGGGGGAGACCUUCGAUGCACAAGUUAAUGGUUUCUUUCUCGGGAAAGAGCAGAAGCAAGGUAUCAGGCAACAGAGAAGAGCCAGAGCAGGAACCGGCCGGAAGCAAAAGGUUUCGUGGGGCCAUGAUGUUUCUUCCAACGACUACGACAUCUCUGCUUCAUAACCUUACCAUUUUGGCCUCCUUAAACACAUUAACAUCCUGUGGCCAAGAUGGUGGCAG